AUGAAUCAAAAUAUCAUCUUAUUAUUAUUAUUAUCUAUUAUCAUCUAUUUAUAUUUAUUUGUUGAUUUCACUUAUGGUAUAAAAAGUCAUAUAUGCAGCAAAUACAAUGGACAACCGGUGUGUUGUCCAGGUUGGAGAAAUGGUAUUGGAGCACCAUGUAUAAUACCUGUUUGUGCCGGUAAUUGUGGUGAACGUGGUGAAUGUAUCAAACCAAACACUUGUAUUUGUUCUGAUCGACGUGUUCGUUUCAGUUGUAAAGAAGAGGAUAUUGAUGAAGAAUCAGAUACAAUGCAACUUGAUCAAGCUGAAAAUCAAUGUCCGGAUAAUUGUAAUGAACAUGGAACAUGUGAAAAUGGAGCUUGUAUUUGUCGAACAGGAUAUAGUGGGUUAAAAUGUGAAAUUAAACUAACAGGUGCUUGUUACAUAUCACUGAAACGUGGAUUAUGUGUUAAUCCAAUGCAAUAUAGAAUAUCUCAAUAUGAUUAUGAAGCUAUUCCAUUAACUCAUGAAGUAUGUUGUAAUGCAUUAGGAAUUGCAUGGGGUGAACCAUGUCAAAUUUGUCAAAGUACACAUUGUGGAAAAGGAUAUGAACAAAUUGAUGGAGUAUGUAAAGAUAUUAAUGAAUGUGAAGUGGAUGGAGUUUGUCAACGAGGUCAGUGUAUCAAUGAAGAAGGAUCAUACAAAUGUAAUUGCCCAGAAAAUACACAUUUUGAUAAAUCAACAUUAGAUUGUGUUUACACAUUAAAAAUGCCAUGUGAGUUAGAUCCUCACAGAUGUCAUAAUGGAGGAAAAUGUAUAGAUCUACCAAGUGGUGAUUACAAGUGUAUAUGUCCGUGGGGAACUAGAACUUCACAAGAUAGAAAAUCCUGCAUAGAAGAUAAAGAAUUUCAUUUUGAUAUAUGUCAAUUAUAUAAAUCAUCUGUAUGUAAAAAUGGUCAAUGUAUACCACGUGGGAACACAUAUGAAUGUAUAUGUAAUGAGGGUUUUGAACCGUCAGAAGAUCGUAAAACAUGUCAAUAUAAAGUUGAUAUUUGUUCUGUUCAUCGAGGAUAUUUAUGUACUAAUGGACAUUGUAUACCAGCUGGUCGUGAUUUCUUUUGUGAAUGUAAUCCCGGUUUCACUUUAUCCUAUGAUCGUAGAAGAUGUAUGAGUAAAUGUGAAGAAUUGGGACCAAGUAUUUGUCCAAAUGGUUAUUGUAUUGCUUUGUCAAAUGGUGAUUAUGAAUGUCAAUGUGAAUUAGGUUAUCAAAGUACACCGGAUCAUAAAAAAUGUAUCAUGCAAAUGGAAGAACCUAAUUCGAAUGUACAUUUUGCAAAAUCUGUUCAAUAUUACAAAAAUAGUUACUAUGGUAACAAAGAAAAUGAACUUUAUGAAAAUCCAGUAGAAAUGAAUAAACCACAAAUUGAUCAUUCUGAAGUUGAUGAUGAAAAGUCUUAUAACUGGUGGCAAAGUGACAGUUUAUCAAAGAAACAACAUAAAUCCUAUUCACAGUAUAAACAACAAGAUUCAUCAGAUGUAUUAUAUAAAAAACCUAAUCUAUUGCAUUUACGCGGAACAAGUCUUCGAUCAACACCAUGUGGUCAAGAUGAUAUUGUAAAGAAAUGCAAUGGAGGAAUUUGUUUAAAUCUUGGUGGUGAUGGAUAUAUUUGUGAAUGUCUGCCUGGAUAUGUAGCAAUCAAUGGAGGGCGUGCCUGUGUAAAACAUAAAGAAGGAGCAGACAAUGUAUUGCAAAAUGAUGAAAGUGUUGAAGAUAUCAGGAAAUCUAUACAUCCAGUAAACAGUAAACAAUAUAAUUAUAUAAACCAUUUACAGAAAGAUUCCAAUACACAAUUAUAUAAAUAUCAAUCACCAUGUAAUCGGAAUGAUGUGCUAAACAAAUGUGAAUGGGGUACAUGUUUGAAUCUUGGUAGAAAUUCCUAUAAAUGUGAUUGUUUACCAGAGUAUCAAUUUACACAAACAGAAGGUUGUAUUCGUAAAAUUCAUAAAGAUUCUUCACAAUUACAAAAUAAAUCAACAUCAUUACAUAAUACAACAAUUUUUUAA